UAGUCCUACACGACCAUCGAAAAUGGUGGACGUUCAGCCUCCGCCUUUGCGAAGCCUAGAUGAUUUUCUUCUGAGCUCGGCCAGAUUCUCCGCGCCAGAUGUUCGCAAUUUAGAGAGAUGGAACAACCGGAUAAUUAACAACUUACUGUAUUACCAGACGAACUAUUUCGUAUCCGCGUUUGCGGUGCUGCUCCUUGUCGGGUAUUUCCAGCCAUUUCAGCUCACUCUCGGGGCAGUUGUGGUGGUUCUGGUGUUUCUGGGCUUUGUGUGGGCUGCGGAGAACAAGGCUGUGAUCAGACGCUUUAGGAGAAACCACCCUUCUAUCUGUCUGGUGGCUAUCCUGGGCUCCAGCUAUCUGCUGCUCUCCGUCCUGGGAGGGGUGGCCGUCUUCCUCUUUGGCAUCACCUUUCCCAUUCUAUUGAUCCUGAUCCAUGCCUCUGUGAGGCUGAGAAGCUUAAAGAAUAAACUGGAGAACAAGUUGGAGAGCAUAGGGCUGAAGAGGACACCCAUGGGCCUGCUACUGGAAGCACUAGGUCAAGAGCAAGAGGCAGGGUCAUAGUGUAUGUCUCUGACCUACAUUAAUCUUCAGUAACCUUCCUCUAGGGCCUUUCGUAAUCAACAUUAUUAGCUAUGUGUUUUUAUUAUGGUGCCAAUAUUUCCCCACAUAUUCAGGGAAGGCCUAGAAAAAGGUGAAAAAGGUUCAUUUUGGGCGGAGUAUGAAUGGAAGGAAGGAGGGGAUACAUUUAAAUGAAGUACAAUGGACUUAAAAUGACUUUUCACUAAAGACAAGGUGCAAGUAAAACCACGUUAAAUGAAGACCUACAGUGAAUGUCUGAGAUGAUUUUACUGUAGGUUUUGAUUUAAUGCUUGUGAUUUUGCUGCAUUGAGGCAAGCAAGGAAAAAUAUUAACAUUGUUUUACAUUCAUUGUUUGUGUUAAAGUGUAUCGCUUCCAAAGAUAUACUUUGUUGUAAUUGUUUUUGGUGUUCAUGAUGCACACAUACAGAUUAUGCCUGUAAGCCCAUAAUGCCUCCAUUAUGCAUUACUCGUUUACAUCAGUACAAACCUUCACCAAUUAAUGAAGAUGAAGUUUUUCUUCUCACAUCCGUUGCACUUAAUCCAACAUUACCACAUAAUGCAAACCAUGUCUUUUGUAAUUUUUGACAUACAGUCAGUAAUGAUACAUAAAGUCUAAUCAAGACAGAUGUCACUGUUAAUGAAAAUGUUAUAGACCUUAAAUGCUCUUUUGCUAACUUUGAUUUGAUUUGAAUUAUACACUACGGAUGGUUAUAUAAUUUGAUCCUUUGAGUUGAGAUUUAUGUAAGUACCUUUACUGAAGCAUUUUAUGUUAAAUUGUGUGCACAGCUUAUUUCUUCCAGUGUGUCUGAAAGACACUAUUUUACUGAAUGUUCAAAUGCCAGACUGAAUCUCUUUGCCAUACCUGUAACCUGUCUGCAUUCAGACCCCAAUGAUGAAACAGACUGUAUAAAUACUCAAGUAUUAUCCUUUCAUACAUUAAGGACAGCUUUGAGGACAUGUAAUAACUCAAAAACAGUGAAGGACAGUACAGAUGAUUAUAUUUAAAGAGGAAUUCCUCUGCUUUUUCAGAGUUUCAUAACUCAGUCUUUGGGGUGUAAACAGAUUCAUCCAGAGCGGUUAGAUGUGAAAUGGUUUACUGUAGAGAAACUUACAGAAUCAGAUUUUUUACAGUGGUGCUGAUAGGAACCAGGUGUGACGAUGUCUAUGAUGUAAAUAUAGCCAUUUUAUUUACUCUCCAAAAUAAGCUGUGAGCCUAAAUGUGUCUUCUGUGUUUUAUAUACUCUUGAUUAUGGUAAAAUAGUGCUUAAUCUGGGAAUCUUAAUCUGGGUACUGUUUUUCCUUACAACAACCUGAGUGUGUUUGAAAACCAGCCCAAACCCUGUUGCAUAGCUAUAGUGUGCUGUAAGGGAGCUUUUAGAGGCAUUAAACUGUUCAGACGUCUGGCUCCUUGCACCACCACUGUAAAAAUUGCAGUAGAUUUCACAUUUCUGCUCUGAAUGGCUCACAUCUUAAGGUUUGAAUUACGCAGAAUAUUUUUAAAAAUUUGUAGAUUUUCACUUUAGGCUGGGAGACUUUAUUUUCUUUUGAAUCCAAUGAACUUGAUCUUGGUGUAAGGAUAUUUUGUGCCUAUUUGUAUUCUGUUUUUGCCAAGUCUGCCUUUUGUAAGUCUGCCUGAAGAAAAAAAAACAUGUUCUUCUCUUCUUUUGUGUAUUUUGUCAUGCAGUAUGUAUUUAAAGUGUACAAUACACGUUACCCUGUCGUGGA